AUGCUUGGAAAAACAAAAGUUCGUCCUAUUGUUAACCAAUCCCAGCCGAUUGUCGUCUUGGUCUCCUUCGAGUUGGUCUCCAUCGUGGAGGUGGAUGACGUGAGCCAAAAGUUCCUGUGUAACGGAUUUCUUUCUUUCAUCUGGCAUGACUCCCGUCUGAUGUGGGACGAGACCUUGUACGGGGGCGUGAGAGAAAUCCACCCACAGACCAAGAGCCUGUGGAAGCCGCGAGUUGUGCUCCUCAACACUUUGGGGGAUCGGGACCUCUUUGAGGACGACCACGCGCCAGUCUCUGUCUCAUCAGACGGCAAUGUAUUUUGGGCUCCGGGCAGCAUCUUCCCAACGUCCUGUUCCUUAGAUAUGACCAACUACCCCUUUGACAGACAGACCUGCUACAUACAGAUGAUUUCAAUGGGUCUUCAAGCUUCCGAGCUUAUCUUCACAGAGCGGGUAACGGAAGUUUUACAAAACUUUUACGUACAGAAUGGAGAGUGGGAACUAGAAAAUGGCACCCUUAAGGCGGUGAAUGUGCUAAUUUCUUCCGUUUAUGUGCCAUCUAUCCAGGUAAGUGCGCUCCUUGAUACAUUUGUAGUAUCCCUGUUCAUAUCAUUUCAGUUAGAGUUCGUCCUCAAACGACGCCCAACCUUUUUCUUGUUGAACAUUCUUCUACCAGUGGUCUUUCUGUCGCUACUCAAUAUCCUCGUGUUCAUCAUCCCUGUGAACUCAGGGGAAAAGAUCAGUUAUGGUAUAACAGUCCUGCUGGCCGUGUCUGUAUUUCUGAGCAUCGUAAGCUCCAUGCUGCCCCGCUCCUCCGACAAAGUGCCUUAUGUCACCAUCUACCUCUUCAUCCUCCUCAUCCUCUCAUCUCUCACCGUUAUCAACAGUAUCUUCAUCGUCUAUCUCAGUCACCGGGAGCAGGAGAAGGAGAAGCAAAUCAAAGCACGAGAGAAAUUCAACAGCGCUUUCCGCAGAGUGAAGCUCAUGCAACGAUCGGUGGCUCCCAUGCAAGAUCGCCCAUCCCUCGUGAACAUGUUUGGCUUCAACCCCAAAAGGCCGGCCUCGGCUGAGAGCCACCAAGGGCUCAGACUGGCUACUGCUGAGAACGGCAAUGCGAGAAUCAAACGUAACUCCGUGGAUGUAGAUCCGUUAUCGUGUCUGGAAGAAACAGAGGAAUCCAUGAGUGAUCAUAACGACGAGAAAAAGGAAGGUGAAAAGAAGGAUCGAAGGAACAAUUACCGGCUCAUCGUUAAAUACAUCGACUUUGUUUCUUUUGUUGUUUUCUUUGUUAUCUGGGUUGGGGUGACACUUGGGUUUCUUAUCUCAAUAUCUACCAGAUAAUACAGUUACAUUUUGAAAGGGCAAGAUUUAAAUUUAAAAGGCUUCGUGCUAAUGAAAGAGCUAAAUAUCAUUAAUUUGUCUUAUGACCAUCACCUACACACUUGUCCCUUGACUUGCGCCAUCUUGGGAACCUGCUCUUUGCCUCCGUCUGUUGUCCCAUCGUGGAGUUCUCUGCCUGACAAACAAAUUCAUUUUUUUGAUGUUGUCAGACCAGCCUUUUCUUUGUCAUCCUCUUUUCCAACGCAAACAGUGCGCUCUUUCUUAGACUAAUUGAAAAGUUGAAAAUGCUGUCCAGGUUGCAAGAUAUCUUGCUUUGGGUCUCUAUAUCGGUAGUGUUAUGUUUAUUUGAUUUUUGUUGUUGCUUUUAGUAAAUAAAAGAGCUGCGACACAA